AUGCACAAUGACCCGACAAUUCUCCCCAAUGCAGCGCGGUCCAUCCCCCGAGUCGAUCCGGAGUCGCCCGCCCGCAUUCAGCUCCACAUUCUCCAUAUGCACCAGCACCACCCCGUCUGGGCUUCGAUCGGUGAGCCUGAUGGUGAUGUCGCCGCUGGCCGUGAUCGAGGUGUUCCGAACGAAGAUCGCCUGGCCAGUUUUUUGAUCGUUGCCGGGAGUAGUGGAGUCUGGGUCCUUGCCGACAGUCAGGCAGAAGUUCCGGCCAGCCGUGACGUGCAGGUCGUUGAAGUUGCAGACGUUCGUGCAGACACGGCCGGCCGCUUCCGUGGCCGGGGAGCAGAUCUCGAUGCAUUCGGGGUCGAUGGUGCAGACGUCGGUGCAGGUGUCUGUAGUGCCUGGGUCCUCGGGGUCGGUUUGGCGUUUUGUGAGGGAGAGGAGGUUUUGGCUGAGGGGGUUGGGGAUGGCGAGGGCCGGCAGGGCCGUGAAAAGGAUGCAGAUGAGCUUGAGCUGCAUUGUGGUUGA